AUGGUACAAGGGCAGACGAAAGGCCUUUCCAAGCAGAAGGGAAACACUUCGCGUCACGCCCAGAGGGCGGCAGCAGCGACGAAGAAGGGCAAGCGUCACGUUGCGCCAAGAAGGCUGCGCUUUGCGAAGAUCAACAAGAGUAUCGAGCAGCAAGUGGCUACUGCAGCGUCUUCAGGGAAGCUCACCAUCAUGAAGAACGUGGCGAUGGAGGGGUGA